AUGCAUAAGGAACUGGCUGGUAAAUUGAUCCUGAUGAAAGAACUCUCAGAGUCCCUUCCACAUACUUCACAAAUAAGGGUUAAAGUAAAGAUGAUUCAACAGCCAGUACUUUUACUUUUGAUCAUGUUCUUGACUAAAAUGUCUCACAAGAAAAAAUGUAUAGGUUACAAUGGAACUAUAUUUGCAUACGGUUAGAGUGGGUCUGGAAAGACAUUUUCAAUGCUUGGGCCAGAUGAAGUUGUAGAAGUUAUCAAAAAAGGUGCUGGGUAGAAAAACCAAGUUGUCCCUAUUGAAGUUUAGGCCCUCUAUGGUAUCAUUCCAAGAGCUAUAUUUGAUAUUUUCAAAGAAGUUAAUAAGCAGAUAGAAUUAUAUAACUCCUAAUUUGAGAUCAGAAUUAAUUACUUUGAAAUUUAUCAAGAAUCUUUAAACAAUUUACUGGCGACAAAUCCAGCUGCAUAAACAGGUUUAAAGAUAAGAGAGUAGAAAAAUGGAUCCAUUGUUAUUCUUAAUUGCGAUCCGGUCUAUGCUACUUGCCCGGAAGAUAUUUUUUAGAUAUUAAUGGUUGGCUAGAGAAAUAGAGCAAUAGCUUCGACAAAUUAGAAUGAGAGAAGUUCUAGAAGCCAUACAAUAGCUGGUUCAGAGAGAAUUUCUAAGACAGGGGCAACAGGAAAGACAUUAGAAGAGGCUAAGAAAAUCAACUUGAGUUUGACUACACUUGGUAUCUGUAUUAAAAGUUUAACUGAGGGAAAAACACACGUACCAUUCAGAGAUUCUAAAUUGACUUUCUUCUUGAAAGAAUCACUUGGAGGUAACUCGAAGACAACCUUAGUAUGUACUGCUAGUAAAAAGAAAGUUCACGUUGAGGAGUCAGUUCAAACAUUAAAUUUUGCUUAGAGAGCUAAGAAAAUUAAGAAUAAAGCAGUUUCCAAUGUUAUCAAAAGUCCAAAGGAGCUUGAAUAGCUCGUUUAGAAAUUAAAAUUGGAAGUUUAAGCAUUAAAGCUUCAACUAACUGAGCAAGGUAUAAAUCCAAGACUGUCAAUUUAUCCUAUGGUUGAUCAGAUUCAAUUCUAAUCAGAACAGGAGUCGACUGCCGAUUUGUCUACUUUACUAGAUAUGUCACUUUCAUCAACCAAUCUAAACAUGCCUUAGAUGAGUGAAUAAGCAAUCAUAAGAUAGAGUAUGGAUAUCAAUCAUCAACUAUUGUUGAGAGGUAGUAGAGAUAUAGCUGCUGAUGGGAUGGCAUAAUAAAAUGAAAGCAAAGAAGAGCUGAUGAAUAAGAUUUAAGCAUAAUAGUAUCUAUUGCAAGAUUUAGAAGAUGAAAUUAAGAAGCACAGAAAAAGUUGGGAAAAAGAAAGAGCUUCAUUACAAAAUCAAAUUCAGAGUCUCGAUAAUCACCUUUAGGCCAAAGAUCUUAUAUUCUAAGAUUUGGAGUAAAACAACGAAGAACUUAGGUUGAAGUUAGAGAUGUCUGGAUUUAACAUUUUUGACAAGAUCAAGAAAAAGAUCUUCCACGACAAUAUUCAAAAUUAAAUUAAACAAAUUGAAAGUUUUCAUGACAGAAAUGCUAUCGAAGGCAUUAUUAAAGAGCUAGAAAUACUUGAUCCUAAAUAUAGUGAUCAAGAGUCAAGAAUAUUUAAGCUAUAAGAUGAAAAUAUGAAGUUAAAAACAAGAAUUUAACAAAUGGAGUUCUUUGGAGUUCAGCAGGACCCUGCAGUCGGUAAUGGCAAUAUGAUGCAAUAGUCUCCGGAUUAAAUUAACACAAACAAUGAAACAUUCAGUCAAACUGAGAUAAUGUCUCUGCAUAGUUAAGAAAAUCUCUCUGAUUACCAUUCAAGUUCCCAGUUAUUCCAGUAAAAUCUUUAAAACUUAUCGUCUAAAACUCCAAGAUCUUCCUAGAAAAGUAAACCCACUGGCAAGAAAACAGUUAAAGAGAGUUCAAGGCAUUCAGCCACUUAUCAUUAAAGUAAAGCUAUUACCUCUUAACUAAUGGAAAUAACUCUCGAUAAUUUCAAGCUUCUUUAAAUGAACAAUAAGUUAAUUGGAUAUAUCAAGUCAUUAUCUAAUACUAAAGAUACUACAAUCAAUGAUUUAAAGCAAAAGGGAAUUUUAAUUGAACAAGAGAUUUAAGAUCUAUAGUUCUAAAAGUAAUUUUUAGAGCAGGCGAUAUUCGAAAAGAGACAAGCAAGGCCAGAUUUUUAGCUUUAAGAAUAAUGUAAGAAAUAGUAGGAGUAAAUCAAACUCUUAACAUUGGAAGCCACACAAUAUAAGGCAAAAUGUAUAGACCAGGAAGAAGAAAUAAGACAACUUAAAAAGCUAAGUUAAGAUAUGAAGAAGGAGAAGAAUUUGAACUUGCUGGAGUAAGCUAAAAUUAUUCGAGACAGUGUCAGAUAAAUUAUUUAGAAACAGAAGUUGCAAAAGCCUAAUAAUAACAACUUUUUCAGAGGUGGUAGGGGUAUUAUCACUUCUAAGGUUAAUAUCAAUGAUGAUCUACUGUCAUAGACAAACAUUGUUGAAGAUGAUGAUGAAUAGAAGCUGAUUUAAAUGCAGUAGCAAGAAUUAUUAGACUAAUAAGAUCCUGAGAAAUUAAAGAAUCCACCUGCAAUAAAGCGUGGUGCUGUCAUGAAUACCUUCAAUUUUGUUAGAGAUGCAGACAAUAAUGGUGGACGCUAGGAAUUUAACUAAUCUCAUUAGCUUAUGAAGUAAUCUGUUGAUAUGACUAUUUAAAGCUAGAUUUAAUCAGGCAUAGGAGGUGGUAUUGGUCCAUUAGGCUAGAGAAAGAGCAUGCUGGGUGGUGUGCAUAAACAGACCAUAAACGAUAUUAUUUAAAUGGCUAAUCCAGAUCAUGAUAGUGUGAUCAAGUCAUUCCAUGGGAUGGGUGCAGCUCAGAGCUAUCUUGGAGAAUUGGAUGAUAUGCUCAAUGAUACUGACGAUGAUGAAGAUGAAGACGAAGAUGAUGAAGAAGAAAAGAAAAAUGACAACUGA